GUUGUUUUGUAUUUUUUUAGACCUUCGUAAAUUUAUCAAUUUAUAAACAUUAACAUGUUUUAUUAAUAUGGGGGAGUGGUUUUUGGAGCUUCUUUUAUUUGUGUUUUAUUAUGGUUAAUUCAUUCAUUACCGGUAUAGUAUAAUAGGAAAUAGGAUUUCAUGUAGUAGGCCUACACAUAACCUAGCUUUUUUGUGCUCUAUAAGUUAGUUGUUUCCCAUAGGCUACUGUUACUUAAUUAUGUUACCCACUAUGUUUGAUAAUAUAUUAUCAAAAAGAAGAAGACAAAUAGACACUCUUAAGAUAUUCAAUGCAAAUGUGUCCGAGGUGAAAGAAGACAGUGAGUACAGAGUAGACUUCAUAUCCGGCAGCAAUAACCUAUCGCUGUUGGUCAUUCUUGGUCCUGACUUUCCUCUAGAGAAGCCUGUGCUAAAGAUAGUCCCAGCAGUGCAGCAUCCUUGGGUGACAGAGAACGGAGAAGUGACUGGAGCUCCGGGGCUGUUGAAUUUCACCGUCCACUCAGACCUGGGCCGAGUCGUUCAAGCGAUUGUGAGAGAGUUAGAACUGCGACCCCCUCCUCUACUGGGGGGGACUGUCUCUCCCCCCUGCACUCAGAGGGUGGACAUCAGUGGCCCCAUGUCCCCUAACAACUAUGGCUACUCUGGGACACCUCCGGGCGUUCCUGGCUUCUCCAACUACAGACCAUCUAUGUUGCAGAAUCCUGCAAAACAUAUGUCAGUGGCGUUCCCUGAGCUGAACUCGCUGUCUGUUGCCGAGUUGGAGCAGUUAAACUCCAGUGCAGAUUGUCUGGAUGAGUUUGUCGACAGUCUGCCUGUCAUGAAGGAGAUAGACAGGACCAUGGAGGAAUGGAUCACUAGGAAUGAAGAAGUUGCAACGGAGACAUUGUCCAAGGAAGGGCGACUGCAGCAGUUAAGGUCGGGGGUCAGCGAACUGUGGGAUUCUGCCUCUCAGUUGAAGGGACGACAUGAAGCACUGAACCAGGAGUACCAGCGACUGGCUGACAAGUACAGUCCUCAGAGCAUUAGGCAAGAAGUCAAGCGAGCUGCUGUAAGAAGUGAUGAAGAGAGCGAACUGAUCGCAGAGAAGUUUCUCAACGGGGAUGUUGACCUGGACAGCUUUCUACCUGCUUACAUUGAAAAAAGAAUGCUAAGCUAUUGCCGCAAAACCAAAGAAGAAAAGCUUAGUCAUCAAUUGCAAAAACUGGAGAGAGCCGGCUUUUGAUAUUCUGCGCUUUUAUAUACACAUCACAAUGUUCCUUAUAUAUAUAUAUAUUUGUAUAUAUUCAUUCCAAUUCUCUUUUUUAUUAUAAAAUAUAGUUGUAUGUUCAAUGUUUAUUUUAUACAUAUAUUUAUAUGAGUUUCA